CUGCAUUUCCCGUGGUGCCCUGGGCGGCCGACUUCCGGCGUGGGUACGGGUUGGCGCACGCGGUCUCGGUUCGGUUGGCUUUGCGGAGCCAUGGAGGGUGGCUUCGGCUCGGAUUUCGGGAGCUCCGGAGGCGGCAAGCUGGAUCCGGGGCUCAUCAUGGAGCAGGUGAAGGUGCAGAUCGCCGUGGCUAACGCGCAGGAGCUGCUGCAGAGGAUGACGGACAAGUGCUUCCGGAAGUGCAUCGGGAAGCCGGGGGGCUCCCUGGACAACUCGGAACAGGACCUAUCAUGGGCUGACUCGUGUCCUCUCCAGGAGCUCAGGAUGGGACACUUGGACACAGGUCUUUGAAGAGGUGAUGAAGUUAGAACACGAGGACACACACACAGAGGGACGAGCCCGUGAGGACACGGGGAGAGGACAGCGUGUGUGCAGACUUCCGACCCCCAGCACCGGGAGAGAAUAAAUGUCUGCUGUUGUCACGGCGGACGCAGGACCCCCGCCACCCACACGUCCCUCCAUCCCUCCUGCUACCUGGUGGCUGGAAGCCCACGGUGGUGCCAGGGGAGCUUGGAGGUGGCGUUUGUCCCCCCGCAGCUGUGCUCACGGUGGUGGCAGUCCUGCUGGCAGGUUGGCUGGUCGCCCUGUGGGUGGCUGGGAGGGUGGCUCUGCUGGCCAGGACCCCCGGGACCGUGGGGCCAGCUGCCGUCCUGGAGGAAGGCCUGGUGGCAGGCGGGGGGUCCCGUGGUGGGCGGGGGAGGGCUGGGCAGGGGGCCCGAGGACAUGGUGUCCAGGAUCCAGCCCUUCAGCCUGGUGACGCGAGUGUACACGCCGGGCCUCUGGGCCUGAGCACAGCCGACCCCCCAGCUCACGAUCCCCGCCAGGUAAAACACCCCGGGGGCCUCCUCGCAGGCCAGGGGUCCGCCAGAGUCACCCUGCAAGUGAAGGGAGGGGGAUGUGAGUCAGACCACCGCCAUGCUACCCCUGGCGCGGACACAGUGACGGACGUCGGUUCUCUCUCAGUACAACGGGGAAACCCACGGGAGCGCUCGCUGUGCCCUCUGCACACGGGGCCGCGUCAGCGCAGCGGGGGCCUCAGGGGACCUGGCUUCAGGCCCACGCCCGGCUCUGUGACCUUGUGUGACCCUGAUUGAGUCACUUCUCUCUGAGCUUCAGUUGUUCUUGCUUUUGUUUUGAAGAUGUAAAAAAAAAUGCAGAAAACUCUAAAUAAAACAAUAACCAUCACA